AUGGGCAAAAUACAACCCAAAAAGCGCAAUGGCUCCUCCGCUGGGUCGCCGUAUACAAAAAACCUGCCGAGCGGGUCCCUCAAGAAGAAUCCCAUCUUCAAAUUCAACACUGAUAUCGGUCAACACAUCCUGAAAAAUCCCGGCAUUGCAGAUGCCAUUGUCGACAAGGCGAAUAUCAAAGAACAUGAAGUCGGUCCUGGAACGGGUGUUUUGACACGGCGUAUCCUUGCAAAGGCCAAGUCAUGUACUGCGAUCGAGUUGGAUCCGCGUAUGGCUGCUGAACUCACGAAGAUGGUUCAGGGAACGCCGAUGCAAAAGAAGCUCAAGAUUAUCCUUGGAGAUUUUAUCAAGGUCGACCUCAAGGAAAUUGGGCAUUUUGAUGUGUUUAUAUCGAAUACGCCAUAUCAAAUUUCUUCGCCGCUGGUGUUCAAACUUCUUGCUAUGCCGCGUCCGCCACGCGUCUCCGUACCCGGCGAUGCCAUGUAUAGUCGUCUAAGUGUCAACGCACAAUUCCACGCAAUCUGCAGCCACAUACUGAAAGUCGGCAAAAACAACUUUUCGCCACCCCCUCAAGUCGAAUCUAGCGUCGUCAAAAUCGAGCCUCGCCCUGACAGGCCCGACAUCUCCUGGGAAGAGCUAGACGGCAUGCUACGCAUCUGCUUUAACCGAAAAAAUAAGACUCUACGCUCGAGUUUCUUUGUGAAGCAGGUCCGAGAACUUAUUGAGCGGAACUGGGUGACGUGGGCGUCCAUGUUUCCGGAUCAGGUUAGGAAGGAGGAUACAGACUUUUUACAGGGGAUUGGAGGCGCAGAACUAUCUGUGCCAGACGUGUCGAUGGAGAUUGAUGGGGAGGAAGAUGAGAACAAUCAGACUCUUCAGUUGGAGGGCGACGAUGAGGAUAUGAUGCAGGAUAUGCAGGACAUGAUCUUUGGCACUUCAUCCGCCAGCGAAAAGACAACCAAAACUGCACCAAAACUCUCUGGAAAGACGAUAUCGAUCAACGGAAUCAGCGUGGACAGAGGUCGACUGGUGCAACUGAUUCAAAUCAAGAUUCAGCGCGCGUUAGACAAGUUUGGGUUGUCGGAUAAGCGAAGUCAGAAAUGUGAUGAGACGGCGUUUUUACAGCUAUUGCAUGCUUUCAAUCAAGAGGGAAUCCGCUUUUCUUAG